CAGGCGUACCCGGGUCGGCGCCGCGCUCCGCCCCCGCCCUGGCGUCCACUCCGCGCACGCGCGGAGCGAGCAGCCGCCUCCGCCCCUUGCAGGGCUCGCGGCGGGGCUGUGCGUCCGGCAGUGGGGCAGCUCUAGUGGAAGCCGCCCGGGAGCCGGUGAACCGAGCGGUCUCGGGCGGCCAGGCGCUGGACGAAGGAGUGCGGUGGGCGGCUGCCGUGUCCACCGCGGCUGAGGAAAAUGGUGUUCGAGUCGGUGGUCGUGGAUGUGUUGAACCGGUUCUUGGGGGACUAUGUGGUGAACCUGGACACGUCCCAGCUUACUCUGGGCAUCUGGGGAGGAGCUGUGGCCUUGAAGAAUCUUGAAAUUAAAGAAAAUGCUCUGAGUCAACUGGAUGUACCAUUUAAAGUUAAAGUUGGUCAUAUAGGUAAUCUUAAUCUUACAAUUCCAUGGAAAAACCUGUAUACUCAACCAGUUGAAGCUGUCCUGGAAGACAUUUAUUUACUCAUAGUGCCUUCUUCUCAAAUAAAAUACGAUCCUGUAAAAGAAGAAAAACAACUCUUGGAGGCAAAGCAAUAUGAACUUAAGCGAAUAGAAGAAGCAAAACAAAAAGUAGCUGAUCAAGAAAAACAUCAGGUGGAGAAACCGGACACUUUCACAGAAAAAUUAAUUACUCAGAUCAUAAAAAAUCUUCAAGUGAAAAUUUCCAACAUCCAUAUUCGUUAUGAAGAUGAUAUCACAAAUCGAGACAAUCCAUUGUCAUUUGGUAUUUCCCUUCAAAAUCUCAGCAUGCAGACAACUGAUCAAUUCUGGAUUCCAUGUUUACAUGAUGAAACUGAGAAACUCUUUCGUAAGUUAAUCCGAUUGGAUAACCUUUUUGCCUAUUGGAAUGUGAAGUCUCAGUUGUUUUACCUUAAUGAUUAUGAUGAAUCAUUGGACAGCUUGAGGAAUGGUAUUGUCAAUAAAAAUAUUGUUCCAGAAGGUUAUGAUUUUGUGUUUCGCCCCAUAUCUGCUAAUGCCAAACUUCAGAUGAAUCGGCGAUCGGAUUUUGACUUCUCUGCACCCAAGAUAAACCUGGAAGUUGAGUUACAUGAGAUAGCAAUUGAAUUUAAUAAACCACAGUAUUUCAGCAUUAUGGAGCUUCUUGAGUCAGUUGAUAUGAUGACGCAAAAUCUGCCAUAUAGGAAAUUCAAACCUGAUGUACCUCUUCACUAUCAUGCCAGAGAAUGGUGGACUUAUGCUAUACAUGGUAUUCUGGAAGUAAAUGUCUGUCCCCGGUUACGGAUGUGGUCAUGGAAGUAUAUUAGAGAACACAGGCAAAAAAUGAAGCAGUAUAAAGAACUGUAUAAAAAAAAGAUAACAACUAAAAAGCCAACUGGUGAACUUCUCCUCUCUUUGCAGGAGUUGGAAAAGAUCUUGGAUGUAUUUAAUAUAACUAUAUCAAGACAACAGGCAGAAGUUGAGGUAAAGAAGGCUGGAUACAGGAUUUACAGAGAAGGAGCAAAAGAUUCGGAGGAUAAUAAAGGAUGGUUUAGCUGGCUGUGGACUUGGUCAGAACCAAGAAGUAAAGAACAGCCAGAUGUUAAGCCUGGAAUUCUUGAAGAAAUGUUGACACCUGAAGAAAAAGUUUUACUCUAUGAAGCAAUUGGCUACAGUGAAACAGCAGUUGAUCCAACCUUGCCUAAAACAUUUGAAGCCAUGAAGUUUUUUGUUCACUUGAAAAGUAUGUCUAUUGUUCUAAGAGAAAAACGAGAAACACCUGAACUGUUAGAUAUUGUAGUGGAAGAAUUUAGCACUUUGAUCGUGCAAAGACCAGGAGCACAAGCAAUUAAAUUUGAAACCAAAAUUGAUUCAUUUCAUGUCACUGGCUUACCAGAUAAUUCAACAAAACCUCACCUCCUUUCUUCCUUGGAUGAUGCUACGUCACUCUUCCAAAUUAUAUUUGAGAUAAAUCCGUUAGAUGAAACUGCUGCUCAAAGGUGUAUCAUAGAAGCUGAACCUUUAGAAAUGAUAUAUGAUGCAAGAACGGUGAAUAGUAUAGUGGAAUUUUUCAGACCUCCAAAAGAGGUAAAUCUAGCACAGCUCACUUCAGCAACUUUGAUUAAACUUGAAGAGUUUCGUGACAAGACAGCAACAGGUCUACUAUAUAUUAUUGAAACACAGAAAGUUCUUGAUCUCAAAAUUGAUUUGAAGGCUUCAUACGUUAUUAUCCCACAGGAUGGAAUUUUUAGCCCUACGUCAAAUUUACUUAUUUUGGAUCUUGGUCAUCUAAAGGUGACAAGUAAAGGUCGUUUGGAGUUACCAGAUAUGAAACAAGGUGGGGCCAGACUUGAAGAGAUAAUGCAUAGAGCUUAUGAUUCCUUUGAUGUUCAGCUUACAAGCAUACAGCUGCUUUACAGCACAGUUGGUGAUAAUUGGAAAGAAGCUCGAAAACUUAAUGUAUCUACACAACAUAUUUUGAUACCUAUGCACUUCAAUGUGGAACUUGCUAAGGCCAUGGUUUUUAUGGAUAUAAGGAUGCCCAAAUUCAAGAUAUUUGGAAAGUUACCACUGAUUUCUUUACGAAUCUCAGAUAAAAAACUGCAAGGGAUUUUGGAAUUGAUCGAAAGUAUUCCGAAACCCACACCUGCAACUGAAACAUAUGCCCCUGUCAAACCAUUUCAGAUUCAAAGGUCGACUUCUUUGGGAACAUCACAGAUUUCACAGAAAGUGCUUCCUCUCCUGGAACUUCCAUGUGUCGAAGAUGAUUCAGAGGAAGAAUUUUUUGAUGCACUGUGUAGUCCCUUGGAAGAGCCUCCUCAGUCUCCCACUGGAGUUAAAAGUUGUCAAAAGCCAGAUUAUACAAAAAAUAUGAUUCAGUAUAAAAUAAGAUUUGAAGUGCCCGAGGUUUUGAUUCAGUUUUAUCACCUUGUUGGAGAUUGUGAACUACCUGUGGUAGAAAUUGAUGUUUUAGGACUGGGCACAGAUGUUGAGCUUAGAACAUUUGAUUUGAAAGCAAAUGCCUUUUUGAAAGAGUUCUGCUUAAAAUGCCCAGAAUACUUUGAUGAAAACAAGAAACCAGUUUAUUUGAUUACAACGCUGGAUAAUACGAUGGAAGAUCUGCUAACACUGGAGUAUGUGAAGGCAGAAAAGAAUCUACCUAAUUUGAAAAGUACUUACAACAAUGUUGUGCAACUAAUUAAGGUGAAUUUUUCCUCUUUGGAUAUUCAUUUACAUACUGAAGCACUUCUGAAUACAAUAAACUAUUUUAAUAACGUACUCCCACAACUAGAAGAAAAACGAGCCUCUGUGUCUGUUGCGGAGACUGAAGACAAAGGAGAGGUCAUUAAAAAAAUGUCUUUAAAACUACCCAAGAACGAAGAUAUUAUUACCUUGCAGAUUUUGGCAGAAUUAUCUUGUUUACAGAUCUUUAUUCAAGAUCAGAAACGUAACAUUUCUGAAAUUAAGAUUGAAGGGCUUGAUUCUGAGAUAAUAAUGAGGACUUCAGCCACUGAAAUAAAUGCAAAGCUAAGGAAUAUAAUUGUCUUGGAUUCUGAUAAAACAGCUUUAUACAAAAAGGCCGUUUACAUCACUGGAAAAGAAGUUUUCAGCUUCAAAAUGGUCUCUUUUGUGGAUGCAACUGCUGGUUCUGCAUACACAGAUAUGAACGUGGUUGAUGUUCAAGUUACUUUAACUGUUGGUUGCAUUGAAGUAGUUUUUGUCACAAAAUUUCUAUGUUCUAUAUUGGCUUUUAUAGAUAAUUUUCAAGCGGCUAAACAAGCUUUGGCUGAGGCUACUGUUCAGGCAGCAGGAAUGGCGGCUACUGGUGUAAAAGAACUGGCACAGAGGAGUUCUAGAAUGUCAUUGGAUGUUAACAUCAAAGCCCCAGUGGUGGUCAUCCCACAGUCUCCAGUUUCUGAAAAUGUUUUUGUUGCUGAUUUUGGACUAAUUACAAUGACAAAUACAUUCCAUAUAAUAACAGAGAGCCAGAGCAACCCCCCACCCAUUAUUGAUUUGAUAACAAUAAGGCUGAGUGAAAUGCGACUAUACAGGUCUCAAUUUAUUGAUGAUGCAUACCAGGAAGUACUGGAUCUGCUACUGCCGUUAAAUCUUGAGGUGAUUGUUGAGCGAAAUUUAUCUUGGGAGUGGUACCAGGAAGUUCCUUGUUUUAAUGUAAAUGCUCAGCUAAAGCCCAUGGAGUUCAUUCUUAGUCAAGAAGAUUUAACAACUAUUUUUAAGACAUUACAUGGCAAUGUAUGGUAUGAAGAAGGUUAUGGUGCCUCACCUGCAGGAGUAAAAGAUGAACAUGGUAUUACUAGUGGAGCUACUAAUGCUUCACACCAUUUAGAAGGAACAACUGUAGUGACAGCUGCUGUGGUAGAAAUACAUUCACAGGCCUCUCAAGUUAAGACAACGCUAAAUAUGAGUUUCAAAACUGAUUAUCUCACCAUGGUACUAUAUAGUCCAAGUCCUGAGCAGACUUCCUUUACAGAUGUUCGUGAUCCUGCUCUGAAACUUGCUGAAUUUAAGUUGGAGAAUAUUAUAAGUACUGCAAAGAUGUAUACAGAUGACUCAGUAUUUUCUUCCUUCUCAUUAAAAAACUGUAUUUUAGAUGAUAAAAGACCUCAUGUCAAGAAGGCAACUCCUAGAAUGAUAGGACUGACAGUUGGGUUUGACAAAAAGGACAUGAUGGAUGUAAAGUAUAGGAAAGUCAGAGAUGGUUUGGUGACUGAUUUAGUCCUUCAAGAAAUGUAUAUUUGUGCCAGUGUAGAAUUUCUGCUGACAGUUGCAAACGUCUUUCUUGAGGCCUUCACCACAGGCACGGCUAUAGAAACCAGCGUUCAAACAUGGACUGCUAAGGAAGAAGUACCUGUACAGGAAAAAGAGAAGUGGGAAGUUAAUAUUAUUAUUAAAAAUCCUGAAAUUGUGUUUGUGGCUGAUAUGACACGAAGUGAUGCUCCUGCCUUAGUCAUUACAACACAAUGUGAAAUUUGUUGGAAAGGUGACCGUGAGAACAGUACAAUGACUGCUGCCAUUAAAGAUCUUCAAGUGAGAGCAUGCCCAUUUCUUCCAGUCAAGAGAAAAGGCAGAAUCACUACAGUUUUGCAGCCCUGUGACUUAUUCUAUCAAGCUACUCAAAUAAGUGCAAAUCCACAAGUGAUUGAUAUAUCAGUAAAAUCCUUGACACUGAAGGUUUCACCAGUUAUCAUAAAUACUGUGAUUACCAUAACGUCAGCACUUUAUACAUCUAAGGAAACCAUCCCCGAGGAUACUGCUUCUUCUACAGCACAUUUAUGGGAAAAGAAGGAUACUAAGAGUUUAAAAAUGUGGUUUCUUGAAGAACCAAAUGAAGUUGAAAACAAAACUCCCACAACUGAAUUGAUUCUCAGAGGAGAGAUCAUAAGAGUGAACAUUGAUUCUAUUUUUAUAGUUCUUGAGGCUGGAGUUGGUCACAGAACAGUGCCUAUGCUGUUAGCAAAGUCACGUUUUUCGGGGGAAGGCAAAAACUGGAGUUCCUUGAUAAAUCUAUACUGUCAGCUUGAAUUAGAAGUCCAUUAUUACAAUGAAAUGUUUGGUGUAUGGGAGCCUUUGCUUGAACCUUUAGAAAUUGAUCAGACUGAGGAUUUUAGACCAUGGAAUCUUGGAAUCAAGAUGAAAAAGAAAGCAAAAAAGACUAUUGUUGAGUCAGAUACUGAAGAAGAAAAUUACAAAGUGCCAGAAUAUAAAACUGUUAUCAGUUUCCAUUCAAAAGACCAACUAAACAUUACGUUAUCCAAAUGCGGCCUUGUAAUGUUAAAUAAUUUAGCCAAGGCAUUUACAGAAGCCGCCACUGGAGCUUCAGCUGUCAUCAUACGGGAUCUAGCGCCAUUUAUUAUUUUAAAUUCUCUUGGACUUCCGGUCUCUGUUUCACCAAGUGAUUCUUUUAGUGUACUCAGUGUUCCGUUGGCAAGAUCCUAUGUAUUGAAAAAUGAAGAGAGUUUAAGUAUGGAUUAUGUAGGAACUAAAGACAAUGAUCAUUUCAAUGCAAUGACCAGCCUAAGCAGUAAACUCUUCUUUAUUCUUCUUACACCCACUAACCACUCUACUGCUGAUAAGAUUCCUUUAACAAAAGUGGGACGACGACUAUACACCGUAAGACACAGAGAGUCUGGGGUUGAAAGAUCUAUUGUUUGUCAAGUCGAUGGAGUGGAAGGAAGUAAGAAGGUAACAAUUCGUUCUCCAGUGCAGAUUAAAAAUCAUUUUUCAAUUCCACUUUCUGUUUAUGAAGGGGACACUUCAUUGGGAACAGCUUCACCUGGAAGUGAAUUCAACAUACCAUUAACAUCUUACCGAUCACCUCUUUCUCUGAAGCCAGAAGAUGAGGACUAUGAAGUGUGUGAAAGAAUUGACUUUGAAGAAAUUAUAAAAAAUGAAGGCACUCUUCUAAAGAAGAUAUGUAGAUCUAUAAACGCUGCUAAGAAACCAUUUAUUAUUAAUGUUGUCCCAGAAAAAGAUAAUUUGGCAUCUCUCUCCGUGUAUUCACAAGAUGGUUGGGACUUACCAUACAUAAUGCAUUUGUGGCCGCCUAUCCUCGUCCGAAAUCUUCUUCCUUACAAAAUUGCUUAUUAUAUAGAGGGGAUUGAACACAGAGUUUAUACUCUAAAUGAAGGACAGUCAGCCCAUAUUUGUACUGCGCAGUUGGAUAAAGCCAGACUACAUUUAAAAUUACUUGACUAUCUUAAUCAUGAUUGGAAAAGUGAAUAUUGUAUAAAACCUAAUCAGCAAGAUAUUAGUUUCAUCAAUUUCACCUGUGUUACAGAAAUAGAAAAGACUGAUUUAGAUAUUGCUAUCCAUGUAACUUACAAUAUUGGCCAGACCGUUGUGGCAUUUCAUAGUCCUUAUUGGAUGGUCAAUAAAACUGGUCGAAUGUUACAGUAUAAAGCAGAUGGAAUUCAUCGAAAGCAUCCACCUAAUUACAAAAAGCCCAUUCUUUUUUCUUUUCAACCAAAGCAUUUUUUUAAUAACAAUAAGGUUCAGCUUAUGGUAACUGAUAGUGAAUUGUCAGAUCAGUUUUCAAUUGAUACUGUUGGGAGUCAUGGAGCUGUUAAAUGUAAAGGCCUGAAAAUGGAGUAUCAAGUUGGUGUCACUAUAGACCUUAGCAGUUUUAACAUUACCAGAAUUGUGACUUUUACCCCUUUUUACAUGAUUGAAAACAAAAGCAAAUACCAUAUAUCAGUGGCUGAAGAGGGAAAUGAUAAAUGGCUCUCUCUUGAUUUAGAGCAGUGUAUUCCCUUUUGGCCUGAGGAUGCUUCUAAUGCACUGCUUGUUCAAGUUGAAAGAAAUCAAGGCCCUCCCAAAAAGAUACAUUUUAACAAGCAAGAAAAUUGUAUUUUAUUGCGUCUGGAUGAUGAGCUUGGAGGUGUUAUAGCAGAGGUUAAUUUGGCUGAACAUUCUACAGUUAUUAGAUUUUCAGAUUAUCAUGAUGGAGCAGCUACAUUCCUGUUAAUAAAUCACACCAAGAGUGACAUUGUUCAGUACAACCAAAGUUCUCUCAGUGAAAUAGAAGAUUCCCUUCCUCCUGGAAAAGCAGUAUUUUAUACAUGGGCUGAUCCAGUGGGCUCUAGAAAGCUGAAGUGGAGAUGUGGAAAAAGCCACGGUGAAGUAACACAAAAGGAUGAUAUGAUGACACCUAUAAAUUUGGGGAAAAAGACCAUUUAUUUAGUUUCAUUCUUCGAAGGCUUACAGCGCAUUAUUUUAUUCACUGAAGAUCCAAGGGUAUUUAAAGCAACAUAUGAAAGUGAGAAAGCAGAGUUAGCGGAGCAAGAAAUUGUGUUGGCCUUACAAGAUGUUGGAGUUUCCCUCGUCAACAAUUACACAAAGCAAGAAGUAGCCUAUAUUGGCAUUACAAGUUCUGAUGUGGUUUGGGAGACAAAGCCCAAGAAGAAGGCAAGAUGGAAGCCAAUGAGUAUAAAGCACACUGAGAAGUUAGAAAAAGAAUUUAAGGAAUAUACUGAAUCUUCACCUUCAGAAGAUAAGGUUAUUGAGUUGGACACUAACAUUCCGGUUCGCUUCACACCUAGUGGCACUAACAUGAAAAUUCUGCAACCACAUGUAAUAGCCAUACGAAGAAAUUAUCUUCCAGCAUUAAAAGUAGAAUAUAGCACAUCUGCACAUCAGUCAUCAUUUAGAAUUCAAAUUUACAGAAUACAGAUCCAAAACCAGAUACAUGGUGCUAUAUUUCCUUUUGUGUUUUAUCCAAUUAAACCUCCCAAGUCGGUCACCAUGGAUUCAGCUCCAAAACCCUUCACAGAUGUCAGUAUUGUUAUGAGAUCUGCAGGCCAUUCCCAGAUUUCACGUAUUAAGUACUUCAAGGUGUUGAUCCAAGAAAUGGAUCUCAGAUUAGAUCUUGGGUUUGUCUAUGCUUUAGCAGAACUUAUGACAGAAGCAGAAGUGACUGAAAAAACAGAGGUUGAACUUUUUCAUAAAGAUAUAGAAGCUUUCCAAGAAGAAUAUAAAACAGCUUCAUUAGUAGAUUCAUCACAAGUCAGUCUCUAUGAAUACUUUCAUAUAUCUCCCAUCAAGUUGCACUUAAGUGUUUCACUGCGUUCGGGUAGAGAAGAAGCUAAAGAUUCAGAAAAACAGGAAGGACUGAUGGCGGUUCAUUCCUUAAAUCUUCUGCUGAAGAGUAUUGGUGCGACUCUUACAGAUGUACAAGAUGUAGUUUUUAAGCUUGCAUUUUUUGAACUCAACUAUCAGUUCCAUACAGCAUCUGAACUACAAUCUGAAGUAAUAAGACACUAUUCAAAACAGGCCAUUAAGCAAAUGUACGUACUCAUUCUUGGGCUUGAAGUUUUGGGAAAUCCCUUUGGCUUGAUUAGAGAAUUUUCUGAAGGUGUGGAAGCAUUUUUUUAUGAACCUUACCAGGGAGCCAUCCAGGGUCCUGAAGAGUUUGUGGAGGGGAUGGCCCUAGGACUGAAGGCACUAGUUGGUGGAGCUGUCGGUGGAUUAGCUGGUGCUGCCUCUAAAAUCACCAAUGCUAUGGCGAAAGGGGUGGCGGCUAUGACUAUGGAUGAAGACUACCAACAGAAGAGAAGAGAAGCCAUGAAUAAGCAACCAGCGGGUCUUAGAGAAGGCAUCACUCGUGGAGGAAAAGGCUUAGUUUCUGGUUUUGUAAGUGGCAUAACAGGAAUUGUUACAAAACCAAUCAAAGGAGCUCAAAAAGAAGGAGCAGCUGGUUUCUUCAAAGGUGUUGGGAAAGGUUUAGUUGGAGCAGUGGCAAGGCCAACCGGAGGCAUCAUAGACAUGGCUAGCAGUACAUUUCAGGGAAUAAAAAGAGCUACAGAGAGUUCUGAUGAAGUGGAGAGCCUGCGACCCCCUCGAUUCUUUAACGAGGAUGGAGUUAUCAGACCUUACAGGUUGAGGGAUGGGACUGGCAACCAAAUGUUACAGGUCAUGGAAAAUGGAAGAUUUGCAAAAUACAAGUAUUUUACCCAUGUCAUGAUCAACAAAACAGAUAUGUUAAUGAUAACUAAAAGUGGUGUCUUGUUUGUAACAAAAGGAACAUUUGGACAGCUUACAUGUGAGUGGCAGUAUAGUUUUGAUGAGUUUACCAAAGAGCCCUUCAUUGUUCAUGGGAGAAGAUUACGCAUUGAAGCAAAGGAACGAGUGAAGUCUGUAUUUCAUGCCAAAGAGUUUGGAAAAAUAAUUAACUUCAAGACCCCAGAAGAUGCUAGGUGGAUCCUCACGAAACUAGAAGAAGCAAGAGAACCUUCCCCGAGAUUCUGAUGGAGAAUACUGCCUGAAGAGAGACAACAAUAAAUCAUUAGAGUUUCUACCUUGUACCUUUCAAAACCAGUCUGGGAAGUACAGUACAGAAGUAAUUUCAAGUAAAUAAGAAAAAAAAAAAUCAGUUACAAUCGGGUAAAACAAUCAGGUGAUUAAAAUAUUUCAACUCAUUGGAGAUCCAUUUGGUCUUCUAACUUGAAUCAUGCAUAUGGUUAAAAUUCUAAUUACUUUACAAAAGAAACAUUUAUUUGAUGAACCUUAUAUACUUGCUCCAAGUAAUUCUCUGCAGUGUAGAGAAAUUGCCCAUAUUUCACCCCACAUGGAGGUAAAUUUAAUGUUUCUAGUUCGCAUUUUAAACUUCUGUCAUGAAGUUUAUAACUUCUGUCUUCAGACUCCCUGAAUCAGUGAUGGGUAAAUGAUCAAAUCAAACAUUGCCUCGGUAUCAAAAACUUUAGUGGUGGUUUCUUUAGAAACAUGAAGUUCUUUUUACAGAUAAAUAUUUUGGUAUUAUUUUCCUUAUUUUUUUAUAAAGGAUAGGUUUGAAUUAUACUUCCAUAGCAUGACUAUGAAAAACAUUUUUAAAUAUACUAUAAUACAGAUUGAGUAAUACCCCUUCAAGCUUGAAGCCUUAGAAAUACUUUCUCAAGCCAACUUCAUGGGAUCUACUCGGUUUACCCAAGUCACGUUUUUAACAUUGCUGACUUUACAGGAAAAUCCCUGAAGCCUUAAAAUAACAACUCUCCAUUCAUUGGAAAUAAGAAACAAAAUUCCCACCAUCUUAGAUGUGAGUUAUGCUUCAGAACAGACAGCCCUUCUUGUAAGUAAAUAUACGUACCCUGAAGUGUUAAUUACCUGUUCUGUUGGCAAAAGAUGGGGAAUUUCUGCUGUGCUUUCUGUACAGUUAUUCAAAUGAGAAUCACUCUUUUAAAAGCUCAUCAGAAAAAAAAUCAUGGACUGCACAUUAAUAAAAAUAAGGUCAUGGGGGGGGGGUUUCUUGGUUUUUGUCCAAGAUCUUGUAAAUUAGUAUAAUAUGAAUGUACUUUUUCAAGUGAAAGGGGUUGAAUACAUGACUGCGAACCAUGAAGAGAACAAUGCAGUGUCUUAUUUCGUUACUGAAUAAUACAGAGUAUUUGAUGCAUGUCGUAUGUGCCAUGAAAUUAUUAUAAACUGUUUCUGGGAUUGGAGACUCUGGAUAGUAAUAAUUGUGAAAUUCUCCUCAGGGUCCUCAAAUCCUUGCUUUGUUGUAAAAGCUAAAAUAAACAGCAUGCCAGACUGUAAUUGUAUUUCUUCCUGACCCUAUCCUGCUACUAAAUACUUUGAUUUUCCUGUGAUUAUAAAAACACAUUGUUUAUUAUCA